GACGGGAGAGAAUCUCGUAGCGCUGAGAGGGUAAAAACGGCAGCCGCCGUUAAUACUAGGCAUAGGAACAGACCAAGCAAUCAGCGCUAACCAUUCCGUAAUCAUUGUCAUUGUCGUUGCUAGCCUAGAGCACCAGGGGCACGAGCAGCGCUGACGGUAACGGCUGAACGAGAAAAGCGCGGGGAGUUGCCUGUGAGAUACGACAGAGAGUGAUUUUUUUCGGGUAGACUCUUGCGGUCGCUUUUGCUACUUUUGUUGUUGUUGGCGAAUUCGCAGCGCCGUCGCCGCAACAGCAUUAAGCCGGGACUUGGCUUCUGCAAGCUGCGAGCUGAAUGCGCUAUAGCCGGUGAUAUUGCCUGCCGAGUUAGUCGUUGCGACAGGCAUUGUUGUAGUAGUACUGAACGUCGGACAUCGUAUGAAGUCGAAUACAACAGUCGGAUAGAUACACCUUAGAAAAGAAAGAAACAGCAGCUGACUAUUACUGCCGUACCGGGUGACUGCCGAAUGACUCAAUUCUCGACGGUCGCCUGAAUUUUCCUGUCCCACUUUAUCCCCCCCAACCCCGUUAUACCUACACGAACGACCCGUUCAGUUGGGUGGUGUUUGUUGUUCGCGCCCUUGAAUUGUUGUGAUUGGCGGUAAGCGACCAGGUGAGUACUGUUCCCGUCGCUGUGAUGGUGAAGUAGGGAUGGUGUUAUUAUUGCUAUUGCGACCAGUAUGACGUGUAGCACGCUGCUGGCAAAGGUGACGUUCCGCUCCGCCUUUUAGUCGAUGUUAAACGCUGGCGCUGUCGUAGUUAUGGUUGUCUUCAUUGAUCUCCUGCACGAGCUACCUACUGCCAAAGCUGACGACUGAGCGACUGUUGUAGGGGAACCAAUGCUAACCGAGAGCGUGUGGGGUUGUCCAUGUCAAAGUGAGGAGCGGGGUAGCAGCGGAUAGAAGAAGAGCAAUUUGAGUUGCUGUCUCGUUAGAGUUGCAGCAAGGCCAGGUGCUAUUGCUCGUGGAGUCCGCAUAGAAAAUAUGAAAUAACCUAGUGAAGUCAAAACGUGAUAGCACUUGUAAUUGUGCUGCCAUUGGCAACAAUGUGAGGGACCCUAGUUGCAAGCAGCGACAGCAAUGUGCAAAAAUCUUAUAUUCCAAUGAGCCUUAAUGAUGACACUUUUCUCAAUCGCUGAACCCGACCAGUAAAAAAUGACUGCUAAUCUGCCAAGUCAGUGACAUCACAUCGCCAACAGAUAUUGCUUACUAAUAAAGGCCGUCAGGUUACCACCAGGAGUCAGGUGUUGUGAAACAUGUGUUGUUCUCUUGCUGAUAGCUUUAGGUGUUCUGUUCUAUUUCAGUUAUUUAAUUCAGUUAAUUAAACGAGCGAGGCUUGCUAAGGUGAUCACUACACCGUAUUAUGAUAGCAGUGCUUACGGUGUUUUGUGUGUGAGCACCAGGACUGCCAGGAGCGACCUACCGAGUCAGCGAGCGUCUAAGCCAUACGUUAGUUGGUUUAUUGAUCAGGUGAAUCAGAAAGUGUCACUUUUUUGCUCACUCCGUCCAUUGAACAGUACUAACUGUAAUAGCCCUGUCAGUCAAUCUAUACGGUUUUCUGAUUGGUCUGUUAGCUCGGAGGCGGGUCAAAAAUAUAAGAUAUCUGAUAUUUUUGACCCGUUAUUUUGUUGGCGUCACAACAACGAAUGUCAAUUAUGGGAGGAUCAGUUUAGUGCUUGGUGGUAGCUCGUCUGAACUGCUAGACAGGUUCAGAGACGAGAUUCGUUACGGAGUGUGACGUAUCGCUAGUGUUUCUAAAUUAAGAAAUAAGGUGCAGUCAACCCUUGUGUACGGCGCAGUUCAAGAAAAACGGCAAUAAUUGGAGAGAACUAGUCUGGACUGACAAAAUUUACUGCUACUACUAACACUACUGCUUUGACGAUUAGGAAUAGUUACGUGGUGGCGACGACAGCGGGAAAAAAUGUUAUUUGAAAGAGUACGUUACCAUCGCCAGGACCACAAGGAGGUAAGGAAGUUACUGUGAGCAGGCUAAGUGCCGCGGCAGCCGCGGCAGAGCGGGCGGAGUGAUGCGAUCUGGUCGGCCUCUACGUUCUCGACCACCAACGGCGACGCCCUAUCAUGCUUUAUCUAUGUCUGCCGGAGUCCUGUUGCCAGGUAACGGUACCGGCGUGUUCAGAAGGGGCGUAAACUUUCGCCUCCGCGUGCUUCUUGUUUUAUGUGUGGCCAUUGUUGCAUGCGUUCUUCUGGCGAAUGUUCUUUUCAUUCGACGUGAACGAAGCGGUAUUACUGGGUCGUUAUUGUCGAAGUCUGAAUCAGAUACCCAAAUGGAGGGCGCGUCUUAUAUUGAACGGGAGGAGGCAAUGCUGGAACGAAUUCGUCAUGGAGGUCGGCGAGGACAUCCGGCUGUAAAUUUCCCGCAUAAAAUCGUACAUUUAGAUCUCAAGGGAGCUCCGUUAAAUGUAGCGUAUGUGGAGGAAGUUUUGCCGCUGCUAGCAAAAUUGGGCGCGACAGGCCUUCUUAUAGAAUACGAGGACAUGUUUCCCUAUAACGGGCUUCUAGCCGAGGUUGUAGCAGGCAAUGCUUACUCGAAAGAUGACAUUCGGCGUAUUCUUCAAGCAGCUAAAACCAACAACCUCAUCGUCGUACCGUUAGUGCAAACUUUUGGACAUCUCGAGUUCGUACUGAAGCUCCAUGAAUUCAAACACCUUCGUGAGCUCGCGCACAGCCCGCAGGCCCUAUGCCCCUCGCAUAAUGCAAGCGUGGCGAUGGUGCAUGAAAUGCUUCGGCAAGUGAUUGAGCUUCAUCAAGGGUAUAUUACUCAUAUCCACAUCGGCAGUGACGAGGUGUUCGUGCUCGGUGAAUGCGAUAUCUGCCAGGAACGAAUGGCUGAGCUAGGUUGGACAAAAAGUAAUCUCUUUAUUAACCAUGUUACCAAUGUUGUACAGUUCGUAAAGAAGAUGGGAGUGCAGACGAUAUUGUGGGAUGAUAUGUUUCGACAGGUCGACGAAGACGUUCUUCGAAAGUCGCCGCUCGUCAAGCUUGUGGAGGUCAUGGUGUGGAACUACGCUAAGACCAUUAACCUGGCUGGAGUACUUGGCAAGUACGUUGCGGCAGGCUUCCCUGGUGUAUGGGCCGCUUCGGCAUUUAAGGGCGCUUCAGGCCCCUCGCAGCAAAUGCCUGAUUUUCGUUUACAUUUGCUCAACCACUAUUCGUGGAUGCAGCUCGUACGCCAGUUUGCCGACAAGAUCAAUCUGAAAGGAAUCGCCAUCACGGGGUGGCAGCGCUUUGAUCACUUUGGCGCGCUCUGCGAACUGUUUCCCGUCGGAAUUCCAGCACUUGCAUUGUGUUUGGGCUAUCUGCGAGUCGGCCGCGUCGAUGAUGAGAUGCUUAGUGAUAUUCGCGCUGUGCUCAAGUGCAAUCGGCCUCUUCCAGUUUUUGAAGAGACAGGCUACAGUGGGAUUCCACUGAUCUGCGACUUUCCAGGUAGCCAAGUGCUUGCCAACAUCUACCAAUGGGCGGAACUUCAGCGAGCCAAGCAUCAGUUGACGAGCACUAACCAGUAUCACGGAUGGAUGACUGACAUGAACCGAAAGUACCGGUUCAGCGCUCCGGAGCAUGUUAUUCAAGGCACCCGGGAGUUACCAGAUCUGAUAUCAACGUGUACACGUCUGCGAGAGUCGUUCCUCAGUAAUUUACUUGAGGUCAGCGACAAGUAUACGGCUGAGGAAUGGGUAACCACCUUCAUCGGACCGCUGCAGAAGUGGCUCGACCAGCUGCAAGCGGAUACGCAACAGAUGUUAGCCAAAGACGAAUGGCCGAAAAGACCGCUAAUCGGUGGUGCUACCUAAAAGGGUUUGGUUUAGAAAGUGAACAUGGAUUUAAUCGUGACCUGCAAUUAACCGGCAUACUUAACGAGCACACGUGGAGAUGAAGACCCGCUGUUAAACCGAGAUGGUGAGGUUAUCAGGGGACAACUGUUUCGGGUCACUCAAGAUCGUCGGGGAUAUCUGCAGACGCGGAGCUAACCAGCGAUCUUCAUUUACGUGUACUUAGCUGUUAGGCAAACACCAGAACUCUGUGAGGCGGUUGAAAUCCAUGGAUUGCUCAUGUCUCCCCCGUUCCCAAUUAAAGGGAAAAACACACAGCGUAGAAGACUCGAUUCCUUACAGCCAAAGGAAAUCGAGCUGCAGUUGUAUGAAACGUUUUGUUGACGAACGAACAAUGCGAAAGCGUGAUUUACGACCUUCAAUACAAGAACGAAUCUCAGCGUAAGCGCAGGCUGUAGUUCGACGGGAAGCGUAUCUUCUCAAACCACCGUUCGAUCGAGUAUAAAUCACGUGCAAUCAAGCAUCAAUGAUUAUCUUUCAACUCAAUUCCAGAAAUUUUUGUCCCUUAGUUCCUCGUUAGCAGGAUGGUGUUUUUUUGUUUUGUAUGAUCUCGCCAGUAAAACAACACGGAAACGAAAUAGAAGACCUUUCCCAACUUAUAAUUUGUUGCUUUCCUUUUGAUGGGGAGCUCCUUGUUCACUCAAAAACCCAACAUCAGAUUGUUGUUGUUGACUGCAAAAUCGAGUUGUACAUUGUCACAAGAAUGGACGUGAAGGUAAAUAGGAAAAAGUGAUCGUACGUUUUGUGGCGGUAAAUACUCAGUAGUCAGAAACAGCUUAGGCAUUAUAUUGACCGUGUCGUAUUGAUACAACAACAAGUAAUAACUGCUCAUUGGCAACAAUUCAUCGCGUAGGUAAAUAAAACUGAAAAAUAACUAAUGGUAGUAUCAAUUAUGUGGAGCUAGGGCUCCGAUGCUGCGGAUAUUUUCCACUCGUAGUAUUAAAUGCAUAGACUCAUAUAUACAUAUAUAUGAUUACGACAGAUAACCUCGAUGCUGUACAUUGGCCCAUACAAAUCGAAUUCUGCUGCGAUGGCAGAGACUGUGUGUGAUACACUGUACAAAUGAUGAUAUAUUAAUGGCGUUCAUGAUAAUAACUUCUUAUCCCGUUCAUGGAUAAUAAUGCAAGAAGUAAAAGUAUGGUCCGGUCCUACACAAAUACUGAAUAAACUCUAUUCAGGCAGAUGUC